UGUUGUAAUUACGACCGAGUGAAAAACGAUUUAGUAAAUUCCAAUAAUACCGAUCAUGCCGAUACACAUAUCGGUGAAACAUUGAACGCCCGAUUGACAAGAAAGUGUAAUAUUUUGGACAUACCGCCUAUAGCUGUCACCAACAGGUAACAAAUCUGGUACUCGGCCGAUAACAGGAUAUUAGUAUAAUACACCCUUACAGGUAAAACCGAUGGCUCGGAUUUCAAUCAACAAACCAGACGUGUGCCCUGAUAACAGAAUCACUAGAAACGUAUCAAUAGCUAAUAGGCAUCGAGAAAAUGUUGACUCUACGACCGAGUGAAAUACGAUUUAGUCAAGAUUCUAUCAGUAAUGUUUUCCACGAAAAAACCAAUCAUGCCGAUACACAUAUCGGUGAAACAUUGGAUGCCCUGUUGACAGGAAAGUGUAAUAUCUCGGAGAUACCGCCUAUAACUGUCGUCUAUAUGAAUGAAAACUGGUACUCGGCCGAUAACAGGAGAUUGUGGGUGUUUCGGAAGCUCGAAGAGCUUGGACAAUGUACCGAAAUUCCGGUCCAAAAGGGCCGUCGUAGGAUUCCUCGGAAAAAAUUAACAACAAAAAAUGACGGGACAGAUAUUCGUGUACGGCGCGAUCCAGGUGGUUAUCAUUGGAGACAUUGGAAUGAUGACCAGACAUCUGAUGACUUGUGUUCUGACGACCAAUCAUCCUUCUUUGAUGACGAGGAUUACGAAAACGGAUAUACUGAAAUCACGGUCGCAGAAAGCAACGAGAUUCCUUCUAGAGAAUUCAUAACCAUCAAUGAUGGCAGACCAGGUCUCAAAAGCCAUGAUCGGUUGAGAUCUUAUAAGCAUCGACAAAGCAAUAGUGCUGCAAUACCGGGACCAAAUGAACAGUCUUCAAGCAUUGCGGCCAAAGGCAUGUCUUAUCCCUAUCAAAGUAAUUCACCCUUACAUGUGAAACCGGUUGUUCGGACUUCAAUCAACAAACCAGACGUGUGCCCUGAUAACAGAAUCACUAAAAACAUAUCAAUAGCUAAUAGUUCUAUGAAACCUGAGACGAAAGCACAUAACUCCUCACACGAAAGCCUUGUUAACAAAGAUCGAGACGAAAGUGACGAGAACUGCAUAAAGCAAGAGACUAAAAAUCAAUACGAACGAGACGUGUCCUACUCAUACCAAUGGAAUACAUACCGAGACGAGAUAAAUGAGUACGACCCAGACCAAGAGAAUGACUAUUAAGAUGAGGCAGAUGAGUACGACCCAAGCCAACAGAAUGACUAUCCAGGUGACGUGGAGGAGUACCAGGACCUAAAGAAUGACUAUCAAGAGGAG